AUGAGCUUCUCCGUUGCACAGUGCGGGCACCAUCCUUUUCGUCUCUCUCGUGUUUCCACAAACAAUGCCUAUUCACACCAGCCUAUACCUAUUCUUCUUGUGCCGCAGGCUCCAACGCUUUCAAAGGACCACCGCGGAAGCAGAUCAACAAAGCCCGUUGCAGCUGCUGAAACUCAUGAACACCACCGUAUUCGACCACUCAUUGAUCUCUUGAAGGCCUGUGAGGAAAAUGGGUCUCUUAAACAGGCGAAUUGCAUUCAUGGGCAUGUUCUAAAAUUGGGUUUUGGUGGCCGUGACUUGUUGGUUUUUUUGAAUCAUGCAGCUCAUGUUUACUCCAAAUGUAUGGAUCUUGUUGCUGCUCGUAAGGUGUUUGAUGGUAUGUCCCAAAGAAAUGUGUUUUCUUGGACUGUCAUGAUUGUUGCGUCGAAUGAACAUGGCUACUACCAUGAUGGGGUGGAGCUGUUUUGCAUGAUGUUGGGCCAUGGUGUGUUGCCUGAUGGCUUUGCCCUCUCUGCUGUUUUGCAGUUAUGUGUUGGAUUAGAUUCGGUUGAGUUGGGUGAGAUGGUGCAUGCCCAAGUUGUUGUCGGAGGUUUUCUGACACAUGCUGUUGUUGGUACAUCUCUUCUUAACAUGUAUGCAAAGUUAGGGAAGAGUGAGAGUUCGGUUAAGGUGUUCAACACCAUGACAGAGCUUAACAAUGUCUCUUGGAAUGCAAUGAUUUCAGGAUUUACAUCUAAUGGUCUACACCUACAAGCAUUCAAUUGUUUUAUCAACAUGAUUGAAGAAGGAGUUACACCUAAUAAUUUAACCUUUAUAAGUGUUUCCAAAGCAGUUGGGCAGUUUGGUGACAUUAAAAAGUGUCAUGAAGUUCACAGGUAUGCUUCUAAUUGUGGAUUGGACUGCAAUACUUUGGUUGGAACGGCUCUUAUCGAUAUGUACUCCAAGUGUGGAUCUUUGUCUGAUGCACGGGUUCUUUUCGACUCCAAGUUCACAAGUUGUCUGGUUAACACACCUUGGAAUGCAAUGAUAACAGGUUAUUCACAAGCUGGUUCUCAAUUAGAAGCUUUGAAAUUGUUCACAACAAUGUGCCAAAAUGAUAUAAAACCAGAUUUUUACACAUUCUGUUGUGUGUUCAACUCAGUUGCUGCUUUGAAGUGUCUGACAUCCUUAAAGGAGACUCAUGGGAUGGCUUUGAAAUGUGGAUUCGAUGCGAUGAAUAUUAGUGCAUCGAAUGCCCUUGCUGAUGCAUAUACCAAAUGUGACUCACUUGAAGCUGGAGAGAAGGUAUUUAAUAGAAUGGAAGAGAAAGAUAUAGUAUCUUGGACAACCAUGGUGACUGCAUAUUGUCAAUAUUCUGAGUGGGGGAAAGCCUUGGCCAUCUUCUCAAAGAUGCGCAAUGAAGGCUUUGAACCCAAUCAUUUUACCCUUUCUAGUGUUAUUACAGCAUGCGGUGGUCUUUGUUUACUAGAAUAUGGCCAGCAAAUUCAUGGUCUGAUAUGCAAGGCCAGCUUGGAUACUGACACAUGCAUAGAAAGUUCUCUGAUUGACAUGUUUGCCAAAUGUGGCAAUGUGAUGGAAGCAAAGAAAAUUUUCGAAAGGAUAUCUAACCCAGACAAUGUUACUUGGACUGCCAUAAUAUCCACUUAUGCUCAACAUGGUCUUGUUGAAGAUGCCCUUCAACUCUUCAGAAAGAUGGAACAGUCGGUUGUAAAGGUCAAUGCUGUUACAUUAUUAUGUAUCCUUUUUGCCUGUAGCCAUGGAGGAAUGGUAGAGGAUGGCCUGGAAAUUUUCUAUCAAAUGGAGGACACCUAUGGUGUGGUACCAGAAAUGGAACAUUAUGCUUGUGUUGUUGAUCUCUUAGGUCGUGUUGGCCAAUUGGAUGAAGCAGUGGAAUUUAUAAGCAGGAUGCCAAUCGAGCCAAAUGAAAUGGUUUGGCAGACCUUGUUAGGAGCAUGUAGGAUUCAUGGAAAUGCCGAGUUGGGAGAAACUGCUGCUCAAAAGAUUCUAUCCACCCAACCAGAAUAUCCUUCUACUUAUGUUCUUUUGUCCAACACUUACAUAGAAUCAGGACUAUAUGAAGAUGCGGUUAGUUUGAGAGAUGUGAUGAAAAAACGAGGCAUUAGAAAGGAACCAGGAUAUAGUUGGAUUUCUGUGAAAGGGGAGGUUCAUAAGUUUUAUGCUGGAGAUCAACAGCAUCCACAAAAGGAUAAAAUCUACACUAUGUUAAAAGAGUUGAUGACAAAUAUUAAGUGCAUGUGUUAUGAACCAGAAUUCAGUUUUAUAUUUAUUUAACAUAUGAAUUGAAC